CUCCAAUGGAAACGUAAACAAUCUCUCCGAUUGCUGCUGAACCGACACCAGGCGGCCACAACAAAUUCUGCCAACCGUCGAUAGCGUAUUGUCGACACUUGGUUCUCACAUAGGAUAGCAGAGAGAAAUAAAGACAUUUUAUUCCAAGAAGUAGUUUUCUUCUGUUGCCAUCACCAUGACAACUUUUGGAGGCCAAAAAGGGGUUGCUUGGAAGUUUCGAGACUCGCCAAAAAACAGUUCUGCUUUUGCAAGUGACAUUUUGGAAUCUGCUGAAGAAGUUUUUGGGAACGAAAGACGCACCAGUGAUGCUGCCCUAAGUGCAGGAAACAAAAGAUACCGUAAGAGCGCAACACGCAAGAAAGCUGGAAGAGGUAGAUCCAAAUUUAUCAUGACCAAAAACACACCAUUUAUCUUCGAUGUUGAAGGUGCAUCCUUUCAGCUGGAAAAUCCUUUUUCACCCGCAGACGCCAGCACUUUUCCAGAGGCAGCGCAUUCCUUCCCUGGAGAAACGUACUGGGAACAUUCUCGAAACAUUGAACAUUUACAGCGGGAUAUUCACCAAAGAGAAAAAGAAAAUGCUCAGUUGCGAGAGAAGAAUCGACAUGAGGCGGAUUCCGUCGUUAUGACCGAACUGGAAAAAGGUUUUCUCAGCGAUUUGCUCCAAUCCACGCGGAAAUGUUCUGCGUACUAUGAUCAGCAGACGGGCAAAGUACAGCUGAGAGGAACCUAUGAACACGUGUCACAGCGGAAGUUGGAUCUCCUGGUCCGCAAGGGACAGAUUCAGUCGGUGAGUUUAGAACUGUCCCCGGCUUUCUUCGAUGUGCUUUGUGAGGAAAAAGGGAAGCGGUACCUAGAGGCACAGUUACAGGGUGUGUCGUGGGCUUUGAGGGAGAAUUGUUUGACUUUUGCUAGCCUGAAAAAAGAAGUUCUUGAUGACUGUUUGCUGUUGAUGCAGAAGAAGCUUAAAUGUACGGUCAGACGUGAGGUGAAGGGGAAAGAUGUGAUCUUCCAUGUCAAAUCUUUUUUGGCUUCAAAUGAAGCUCAGAAAUAUCUCGUCGUGUGUGAGCAAAGUGGUGAGAAAGAAAUGCUUCUUCUAACAUGGACUGGGGUGGAAGGAGACAUUUUGAGCCUGUGUGAGAAGAUCGAUGCCAUUAUUCAGAAACGCUCGAUACAGAUUGCCACUUUUCGACCGAGGUCUCCAAGUAUAGCCUUGUUUUUCCGGAAAUACCUUGAGCCGGAAGUGAGGGAACAGUUUGGCAGAUUUAUCUCCGGGGACUCGGACACGUCCAGUGGCUUCUCUCUCAUCCUCAAAGGGAACGGCGAGGAAGUGAAGAGUUGCCUCAAGAAGCUAGGGCACAUGCAGGACUUGAUCAAGUCUGGGACCUGGGAGUUAGGCGCAGAGUUUGAGGACACCGACGUGGAGCUGCUCGCCAUAGGUCUUCGUGAUGAACUUUGCCAGACGGAGAUUUCGGAAUUUGAAGAACAGAAAAAAUGUUUGGUUCUUUCAAACAUUCAACCUGCAAGGACGUGGGAGGCAUCAGUUUCUGGGGAAGCGUUCAGGGCCACUCAGACUUGUCAGGUCAUCUUGAAGAGUACAGGCGACAUCACAGAGGAACUGUCAGAUGUUCUCGUCUGUGUCCUGACUGAAAAACUUGAUGCGCGCAAAACUCGUGUUGGUAGGGCUUUCUCUAGAAAAUGUCCAUCGUUUUGCCAACAGCUAAAAAGCCAGACAAGAGGUCACCGGAGCACGGAGCAGGCUGCAGUACUUGUAACCAAAAAUAACCUGGAGCCUUUAUCGUGCCAGGCGGUCGUGCACAUCAUUCUGUCCCCGUGGACAGGGGCAAGUGGCGACACCCAGAGACUGCAGCUGUCCCGAGCUGUCCACCAGACUCUGGUGUUGACAACCGACAUGGGAGCACGAUCUAUUUCUUUCCCCCCACUUGGAUGUGGUUGCACUCUUAAAUUUCCUCCUGACGAAGCUGCAGGUUGUCUCGUGAAGUCUAUUCAAAAUUUCCUACGUCUCAACCCAAACUCCUGUCUGUCGGAGAUUGUGUGUCUGGCCCCGGGCACGGAGUAUUCCCAGAGUCUUCAGGAAUGUCUCACCAGAGAACUCCCACGAGACGACGACUCUAGUGUCGCUAGUCGGGACACGAGCCAACGAGAGAUGAUGCCGUCAGGAGCGCCUGCCAUUACGAUAGUCACUCGUCACGAGGUCCAGCUGUCCACUCUUUGGACAGAGCUUAAGACAAUGCUAUCUAGGAUCUGUCUCCAUGAGAACUACUUCCAUCAGAAGUAUCUUGAAAGCUGGCCAGACGAAACCAUUAACGCUAUUCGGAAGGGCAGCCAGGAAUUAGGAGUGAGCGCAGAAAUUUCAUCCCAUCCUAUCCGCAAGACUCGACAGCCGAGUUAUAGAAUCAGAGGAAGAAAGAACGCCGUUCAAGAAAUGUAUCUCUUCAUUCAAGAUCGAUUUAAUGAUAUUACCUCAGUUGUACGGCCUACCCUUCAUGAAAUCAAUGGGCCAAAGAGAUACACACAAGAAUUUCUCAGCCGCGCAUCAAGUGUUGAAGAAAGGUAUCCUCCAUAUUGGUUUAACCGGACACCUGAUCCAAAGCGGUACAAUAUCGUAGGCCUUACUAUGAACGCAAUUGCCGGAGUUCUAACGCUCACUGACCCACAAAGAGCGACAGGGAGCGACCAAACAUCUUCCGCAGCAGGAAGCAUCCAGGUGACGGGUAUCCUUAGGCUGGAGGCGCCACGAAUGUUUGAGAAGUACGCUCAUAAUAGAAAACGGCUUUUCCAAUCAGCUGUUAGGCAACGCAGCUGUCUCAAGAAGCCAGAUCUCAUUUCUGGUAAGCUGCAAUCAACAGAAUCUUUGCCAGGCAGCAUGAAGAACGGGGUUUAUGGGGAAGUGAAUGAGUACUACUUGAUCCACGUCUGCAGUGAGAGGAGCCUGGACACAUGGCUUGCCUCUGGGCGCUACCCCCAGCAGCGGGACCAUGGCGUCAGCUUCUGGUCGGACCCCAAGGCCGCCCUGUGCCAUGCUGGUCCUCAAGUCGCCGGGAACGUCUGGAUUUUGGCGCGGGUGCUUCUGGGACAUAUUUAUGUCAACACACGUAAGA